CACGUCUGCUUCAUCAGAACCCCUGCUGUGCUCCGUACCUGGUGACCUCCUCAUGGCGGUGCUGGUCAGAAGAUGGAAACGUCUUCUGCUGCUCAACGCGGUGGCGUUGGUGGCGGUGCUGACCGUGUGGACCAUCCUCUGCACCCACGAGUUCCGAAUCAUCCUCAAUCCGCAGCUGAAGGACGUCGUGUUAGUACGCAACAAAGAUCUGUCCAAACAUCUUGGCCUGAUUGAGGGCAAGGACACAGACACCAACCUGCCGCAUCUGUCCUCAGACGAGGAGAAUAUGGCCCAGAAUCUGAGCCUAAAGUACGGCUAUAACGUCUACCUGAGCGACAAAAUCUCUCUGGACCGGACCAUCACGGGUUUCGGACCCAGCGGAUGCCAAAAGUUGACCUACCCGAGCAACCUCCCCCAGAUGUCCCUCAUCUUCAUCUUCGUCAACGAGGCGCUGUCGGUCAUCCUGCGCUCGGUGCACUCAGCCGUCAAUCACACGCCGCCUGAGCUGCUGAAGGAAAUCAUCCUGGUGGACGACUACAGCGACGAAGAGCAGCUGAAAGGACCUCUGGAGGAAUACAUGAAGAAGCGCUACAAUGGCCUGGUCAAGAUCGUCAGGAACCAGAGGAGGGAGGGUCUGAUUAGGGCCAGAUUAGAAGGCUGGAAGGUGGCCACCGCCGAGGUCACGGGCUUCUUUGACGCCCACAUGGAGUUUACCCCAUACUGGGCCCAGCCGGUUCUUGCCAGAAUCAAAGAGGACCGCAAGAGGAUCGUCCUGCCGUCCAUCGACAACAUCCAUCACGAAACCUUCGAGGUGGAGCGCUUCAUCAACCCGGCCCACGGCUUUGACUGGCAGCUGUGGUGCAUGUACAUGAAGGCACCCAAAGACUGGAAAGACCUAAACGACCCCACAGCCCCCAUCAGGAGUCCGUCCAUGAUCGGCUGCUCCUUUGUGGUGGACAGAGUCUACUUUGAGGAGCUGGGCCUGUUCGAUGCGGGCAUGAACACUUAUGGAGGGGAGAACGUGGAACUGGCCAUCAGGGUGUGGACGUGCGGGGGCAGCAUGGAGGUUCUCCCAUGUUCCAGAGUGGCUCACAUCGCUCGCUUCAAAAAGCCGUACCUGACCGAUGACAUCUACGCCAUCAUGCGGCGUAACGCCCUGCGCGUGGCCGAGGUGUGGAUGGACGAGUUCAAGCACAACGUCUACAUGGCCUGGAACAUCCCCAUGGAGAAUCACGGCAUCGACUACGGGGACGUCUCCGAUAGGGUGGCGCUGAGGAAGAGGCUGCAGUGUAAGGACUUCAAAUGGUACCAGGAGAACAUCUACCCGGACCUGAAGAACUUUCACGACACCGCCACAUACGGAGAGAUGCGCAGCUCCAAAGCCAAACAUCUAUGUUUGGACCAGGGGGAAAGGAAGAACGACACGGCCAUCUUGUUCGAGUGCCACGGGUUGGCUCCUCAGGUGUGCGAUGGUCCCUGCGCCCCAGGAGCUGCAAACACAGGCACUGUAGCACAAAGAAGGGAGACAGCAGAAAGACAGCUGGUUCGCUACACCACCAAGGGUCAGCUGAUGUUGGGCGCGCUGGGCUUCCACAACUGGUGCGCUCGCUGCAUAGUGGACGACCAGGACAGCGACGUACCGCGCCACCAGCCCUGCAACAAGGUGACGGACGUGCUGAAGAGCUUGUGGUUCUACACUCCGAACGGCAGGGUGCAAAACGCGGGCACAAAGCGGUGCCUGGAGGUGGUGCGCACCGGGAUCGAGCCCUUCUUCAAGGUGGUGAUGCAGAAUUGCUCCGGACAGAGGUGGUCCAUUACCCCGAUCCACGUCCAACCGUGAGGCUCCACGCUGCAUGUCUUGUUCACAAACAUUUAUGCCCUGUGAGCAUUAGAACUAAUGAGAGCAAAUCAUCCAUCC